AACAACAGCAGUGGUUUGCAAAUCGUCAUCUCCAACAUGUGUGCCGACAAGAUCUGGCCUGGUGUCGUGACUCAGAGUAGUACAGGGCCAACUGCAUCCGGGUUCGAGCUGGAUUCUGGUGCAAAUCGGACCAUCAACGUAGCGAACGACUGGCAAGGUCGAGUCUGGGGACGGACGAAUUGUAGUUUUUCCAGCGAUGGAAGCUCUCAGGGAAGCUGUACGACAGGCGAAUGCGGCGCACUGAACUGCCGGCAGGCUGGAAAUCCACCGGCGACUUUAGCAGAAUUUACGAUGGACGGCGGUUCGGAUCAGACGUUCUACGACCUCAGUUUGGUGGACGGCUACAAUCUUCCAAUGGCCAUUGUCCUCAUUCCCAACGACGUCGAGGCGCUGAAGGACAUCCAAGCCAAGCAUACGAAUCCAUCCUGUGUUGGCAGCGUCGGCAAUCUCGCACCCCAGUCCUUCAACCCGUACGCCAACAGCCAGCAAUUCCUCGGCACGACAUCGUCAUCUCCAAUGGAUUUCGACAAAUCCGUCUCACUCAACGACGUCGCCGACUGGUGUCCAUGGGACCUACAAACUCUACCUCCCUCGAAACCCGGAAAUGGCGUAUAUCCCUAUCCCGACAGCAACAUCCAACGACCUGCCUUUGCGCCGUGCAUCUCCGCCUGCAAGAAGUACAACAAAGCUAAGUACUGUUGUACAGGCAAGUACGGUCCCGUGGGGUCAUGUCAAAGGGACUACUACGGCGAUGCCGCGAAGAAAGUAUGCCCUGAUGCGUACUCGUUUGCGCAGGACGACCAAUCCAGCACAUUCAUCGUACCCAAAGGUGCGAGUUAUCAGGUUAUCUUCUGUCCUGGUGGCAGAAGCACGAACAUUAUC